UCCGGCGUCCGGCAAUACUGUGCGACGAAAUCAUAAACCUGUUUUCCGGCCGUUUUGUUGUUGCUGUUCGGUGCUCACGUAGACAAGUCCGUGUCUCGUGUGUCUUCUAGUAUUUUUUUUUUUUUAUGUUAAGAAGCACGUGUUUUCAUUUAUAUUGGCUUUUCUUGCAAAUUGGUAUAUUUUUUCACCCGAAGAAGCCUUUUAAUUGUGUUUUUCGGCAACCCGUUGUCGUUGCUUAACCAUUCGCCAGUUCCGGUACGAUCGUUUCAAUCCAGCUUCGGAUACGACCAGCUCCGGUUUAUUCGACGUUAAGUGAUACAUCUUAUAUUUUUGCCAGUUCCGGUCAAUAUUGAAGAGCUCCAGUUUUUCUAUUCCUCUUUCCUUAAGAUGCUACAUCUUGACGCGGUCCCGCGUAAUAUCCGUUCGAAUUCAAAGCCGUCAGUUGACGACGGAUGACGGACGACGCCGACUCCCGACGACGGACGAAGCCGACGGACGACGCCGACGCCCGACGACGAACGACGCCGACGCCCGACUUGAAUUAUUGAUUCGCCCACACCUCUGACCGGUCCUAGACCCUUCAGUCUUAUGAUCCUCUCCGUACGCGAACGAGCUCUGCCGACAGCAUUCUUCGUGACGCUUACACCGACCACUUUUUAUGCACCAAAACCACACCUCCUUACUCAACACACCAGCACUCCUUUGGAAACGAUAAAUUAGUAAUACCGAAAAACACUUCAACGACGCGGCAGUUCCAGGUACACGUCACUAGCUCUCCGAAAAAGAAAUACCGGUAACACAGCCAAUAUCAAAAACAUACUGACAUGGACGACCAGAAUACUACGGCUACCAACCCCCCCGAGCAAGCGGCAGAACCUGAUCAGCAGUUACUCCGGGCGGCCAGCCCAGAGACUGACUUCCGCCGCCGCCGCCCGAGAACGGCCAGGAUGUCAACGGGCGCAGGGAUGCGUAGAUCCUAUAACCAAGUCUCCCAAGGAGUGACAGGCGCGAAUCCCAUACCCGCGGAAGCCGACAUGCCCCGUAGCCCUAGACGACCCGCAGCCAAUCACACAGCAAAUAUUAAUAACGAUAACGAAAUAGACGGCCGGCGUACAACUGCCACAAAUCAACCGCAACAAGCGGCAGAACAGCCGACAGUCAGCCAGCAGUUACUCUGUGCGCCCAGCGCGGAGACACGCCGCCGCAGCCGCUUUACAACGAUCCGGAUAUCAACACGCGGAGGGAUGCAUAGACGCCGGAGCCUGAGCCCGGAGCCGGUAAUGAGGCAACCCAACGCCCAUGGGGGGGGCGACCGCCCGGUGGUCUCCCAAGGAGUGACGACCAUAAAUCAACCCCAACAAACGGCAGAACAGCCGGCAAUCAGCCAGCGGUUACUCUGGGCGGCCGAAGAGGAGACACGCCGCCGCAGCCGCUCUACAAUGAUGCGGAUAUCAACACUGCAGAUGAAUAGAGUCCAGAACCUGGGCCCGGAUCCGGUAUUGUGGGAAUACUACGUCAAUGAGGGAGACGACCGCCCGAUGUUCUCCGAAGUAGUGGCGGGCACGAAUCCCACACCCACGGAAGCCGACAGGCCGCGGAGCCCUAGACGCUAUCCACAGCUGGCUGAAAUUUCGCGACCGCGUCCGAUCCCACUGAUCGAGCGACGUUGGUUCCGACCACCUCUCCUCUCGCUGAUCCCGCUCGCGUCCAACGACUCAGAACAACCGCCAGACCGACACCAGCCGCACCAACACCAACAGCACCCAGAGUUGCCAGAUCAAUAACAACAACUACUUGACCGCAAAAAUUAUUUAUAAUUAAUGAAUAAUAAUCAAAAAUAACUUAAACUCAUUAAUAAAAUAAUUGUAGUUGAAAAUAUUAA